UCGGCAUUAAAUUUGAUUACCAUAAUCAGCUCGGAUAUCUAAUUGGCAAUAGAGAAAAUCUAGCACGCACAGCGUGUGAGAGCGUUAGCCAUAGAGCAGAGUGCGAUAUCGUUGUAGGUAGAAACGCUCAAAUAUGACUGUAAUUCGGUUGCUUAAUUCAGUACACAAGAAUACAAAGCCCAGUUUACGUGCGUUUCUCCUGAGAAUGAAUGACAUCAAGCAACACAUUCGGAAUUUAGUCACCAUACCACCUUCCAGUACCCCCACGCACGCCUCGAGCAGCAGUAGCAGUAGCUCCCACUUCACAAUGUUGUCUCAGCUGCCGUUUCGCAUAUGCCAGGAACAACUUUCAAACGCAUCGCCGUUCGAAGACCUAGUAUUGUAUCCCAAGGGACGCAGCAACGAUGAUAAAAACAGUGAGGUGAAUGCUGCCUUUGAGACGGCCAUACAAGAGCUAAAUAAGUUGCAGCCGAAUGAGCAAACCAUAAGACGUUCUGUUGAAAAUCCUAAGAUCAACACUGUUAAGGAUACCGUCAAGUAUCUAGAACGGAGCGGUCUGCCCCUCAACGUCGUGGAACAGUUGUCAUUCAUCCAUGUGUCGGGGACCAAGGGGAAGGGCUCCACUUGUGCGUUAGUCGAAUCCAUAUUACGUCAAUAUGGGGCACGCACUGGUUUCUUCAGCUCUCCCCAUGUGCUGGCCACCAACGAGCGCAUCCGCAUCGAUGGCGAGCCGCUGGCCAAACAGAAGUUUGUGAAUUACUUUUGGCCUGUCUACAAGCGGUUGAUGGCAAAGCGCGAGAAUGAAACCGACAUGCCCGCGUACUUUAAGUUCCUCACAAUUCUCAGUUUUCAUGUGUUCGUUGAGGAGAAUGUGGACGUGGCCGUGAUGGAGGUGGGCAUUGGUGGCGAACAGGAUUGUACAAAUGUGCUGCGCAAUGUCCGUACCGUGGGCAUCACCUCCCUGGGUCUGGAGCACACCGAGCUCUUGGGAAACACCAUGGAACAGAUUGCUUGGCAAAAAGCGGGCAUUAUCAAGCCAUACUCCCACGUCUACACGCAUGUCACUCAGCCUGAGUGUCUGAAAGUGAUACGCGAUCGGGCUCUUGAGAAACAGGCCACUGUACACGAAGUUCCAGCUUUUGAGCAGUACUUUAAGCACAAUCUGUAUGAGGACUAUUGGCCGACAUUCAAUGAAGUAAUUCGUCUAAACGGCUCGCUGGCCAUACAGUUGGCCUAUGACUGGCUACGUCAGACGCCCAGCACGCUGCACCGUCGUUAUCCCAUUAACGAGCCCCGAAUGUGCGAUGAGGUCUUCUUAGGUCUUCGAAACUGUCACUGGCCUGGUCGCUGUCAGCUCGUUCAGUUUCAGGGCAUGCGUCUGCAUCUGGAUGGAGCCCAUACCAAGGAGAGCAUGCGUGUGUGCACCGAUUGGUUUUGGAAGAGCACCUCUGACAGCAAUAAUCCGAAAAUUCUAAUAUUUAAUCGAACCGGUGAUUCGGAUCCCAUGCCUAUGCUGAAAAUGCUCUCCGAGAAGUGCACAUUCGACAUGAUCUGCUUUGUGCCCAAUGUGGCCACCGUCAAGGGCAUCAAUCCCAAUCAGGUCAUGAUCCGCUCCAGUGCUGAGGUUCAGUUGAAGCGCGCCCACGCCAUAGCCAGGAGCUGGGAUGAAAUGUGCAACGCCACCAAUCAGAUCAAUAACUCCCGAGUCUACUCCACAGUGUACGAUGCCUUUUCUGCCAUUCGUGAGCGUUUUUCCAUCAAUAAUCACGAGCUGGAUGUCCUCAUCACUGGCUCCAUACAUCUUCUGGGAGCUACCAUUGCAGCCCUCAACGAAUUUCAUAUCAAGGCGAUUCCUGUGAAUGGACAUCAGUAACAAUCUGGUUUUGAAGCUGCAACAGAAUUUCUAAAAUUCAAAAUUAUUCAAACUUUAAUUCGAUGGUAUAUAAUGAUGCAGAUGGUACGGAGACAAUGUCGGGGCUGAAUUUGAAAUUACGAAUUAAGUAACGAUGCGUUGCUUAGUUUAUAUUUUAUAAAUUCGGAUAUGUAUAUUUAGAGAUGUGUGUAUAGUAUAGAUUGUAAGAAGCGCAUAAAGACAUAUUUUACAUCAUUUUUA